ACACGUAAUUUAGGGUUUAGACCCUUAAUAAAGGUGCUUGCGUAAAACCUUCAAGAUAAAUCAAAUCAGGUAACCAUCCGAUUCCAGCCAAUUCUUCAAAUCGCGAACAAUAUUCGUCUAUGAUUUUUCUCUUGUUUGAUCCAUAAAAUCUGUUCAUGUGUCUCAUCAUCUCCUUCGCGUUAAGGGCAGUAGAUGGUGAAUUUCGAAAUAUUGUUCUGCUCGAAAAAUCCAACAUUCCCGAUCGGAAUCAUCCAAGACAGGCAAUUUCGACCUUUGAUUUCUCUGAUUCUACGGCCUUUUUGUGAUAUCUCCUUUCAACUCUUCCACUGUCUGUUCUAACCCAGUUCACAAGAAAAAUUCAACACAUCCACACAUUCAACAAGACCAAUUUGAGAGGUCUGAGAAAUGCCGGGUGCUCAGGAGGAAUCCUCAGAAGUUGGAGGUUCCAUAUCCGUUGGACAAGAUGGACAAGAUGGACAAAAUGGACAAAAUGGAAAGGAUGAGCUAGAACUGCAUUCAGUGUUCUGGAAUCAAGACUAUAGUUGUUUUGCUGCGGGUACAAGCUGUGGGUUUCGUAUUUACAAUUGUGAUCCUUUCAAGGAAACAUUUAGACGUGAGAUGGGAAUUGGUGGAUUUAAAAUUGUUGAGAUGUUGUUUCGGUGCAACAUUUUAGCACUUGUGGGCACUGGAACUAAUUCUCUAUAUCCACCAAACAAAGUUUUGAUAUGGGAUGAUUAUAAAAGUCAAUGCAUUGGUGAAUUUUCAUUUAGGUCUGAGAUUCGAGCUGUAAAACUGAAACGUGAACACUUUAUUGUUGUACUUGAGCAUAAAAUUUAUGUUUAUACGUUGAUGGAUGUCAAGCUUCUUCAUCAAAUUGAGACUGUUGCGAAUCCAAGGGGCUUAUGUUGCCUUUCCCACCAUGUAAAUACGUUUGUGCUGGCUUGUCCUGGUGUUCAACGUGGGCAGGUGCAUAUUGAACACUUUGGGCUAAAUAUGACGAAGCUAUUCAAUGCACAUGAUUCUCAUAUUGCAUGUAUGACGCUGACAAUGGAUGGUCUACUUCUUGCAACUGCUAGCACUAAGGGUACUUUGAUAAGAAUUUUCAAUACAUUGGAUGGAACGCUCUUGCAAGAGGUACGAAGAGGAGUGGAUAGAGCAGAAAUCUUCAGUCUUGCUCUCUCCCCAAAUGUCCAAUGGUUGGCAGCGGCAAGUGAUAAAGGCACUGUUCAUGUUUUCAGCCUUAGAGUUAGAGUGGCUGGCGUAGAUUCGUCUUCUGAUACAAAUGUAAUUCAGGGGCCAACACCAUUCCAGCAAAAUUCUUCUAAUUCCCUUGACACUCUUGUUCCUUUGAAUACCGGUUCAAACCCUAGUUCAUCAUUGUCAUUCAUGAGAGGGGUCCUACCAAGAUACUUCAGUUCAGAAUGGUCAUUUGCUCAGUUCCAUUUGCCGGAGGUGGCACAGUUUAUUGCAGCAUUCGGAUCUCAAAACACUAUCAUUAUCGUUGGCAUGGAUGGGAGUUUCUACAAGUGUAGUUUUGAUCCAGUGCGAGGAGGGCAAAUGUUGCAGCAGGAAUGCAUCCGUUUCUUGAAAAUGGAAAUAGGAGCUGAUAGAAUUGAUCUAUAGGCUUAUUAUGCCCAAUAGAUUAUUCUCUUCCCUUGUGAAUACAAACACUUUGAUGAUAUCUGUCAAUAUAAAUAAUCAUUUGGAGGUACUGCAUUUUUUUAA